UGUGACUCUACACCGUUUUUGCCUCCCCCCCAUCCUCCCCCUCCUCCUCUUUACACCCCUCUAUGUCUGCCUGUUAGUCUGUCUGCUUUCAUACUUCUAGACGGCUUCAGCAGCGGCUUCUUCCUGGGCUGUAUCGUGAUGCUGCCUUUCAUCAUAGUUACCAUCGUAGUGGCAAUCCUGUAUCGCAAGAAGUUGGCCCAAAAGGCCUGGGUUGCGGGCGGUCUAUCAACGCCUCCACCGGAUACGAUUAAACUACUUGACAGCAAUCAGCCGAGAUAUGAUGCGUAG